AUGCACCUGGCAGGCAUGGAAGAGGUUCCCUUGGGUCCUGCUCAGAGGAGUUACGCUGGGGAAAGCAAGUGGAGGUGCUCCUUGAAGAAAAUAGGGAAUCUCACAUCGUCCAGCCUGGGUCGGGGUGGGAAGACCUUGCCCUUCUUGACUGGACCUGGCACUCGCCCUCAACCAAAAUGGCGCCGACGGCCUCAGUACGUCAAGCGACGUGCCCGCCGGCCUCCUCCCGGGCUUCUUUUAUCCCCGCAGCCGGAACCCGAGCAGCAGAGCGGAAAGCCUGACUUUGGGGUCCGCGGUGGUUUAGGCAGCGCCAGGGCUAUUGUGUGGCUGCACGGUGGUGCUGCAGGGCGGGAUGCUGUACCCCCGGGAGAGCCCGUCAUGGAAGUGCAAGGAGCUGGACAGCCCCUGGAGCUUCCGCGCCGACUUCUCCGACGACCGGCGCCGGGGCUUCCAGGAGCGGUGGUAGCGGCCGCUGCUGCGUUUGGCCCCACCCUGGACAUGCAGGUUCUCUCCAGCUUCAAGAACAUCUGCCAGGACUCGCGGGGCUAUGGCAUUUUUGUCAGCUGGGUGUGGCACAAAUGGGAUGUGACCUUGCCAGAGUGGUGGACCCAGGACCCUGCAGAGAAGAGUGGUGCUGAGGAUUGGCAGUGCCCACUCCUAUGCCAUUCUGACUUUGACUUCAGCUCGGCGGGACUGCAGCGGUCUGUGCUUCUGUUCACGACACUACCUGCAUUGAUGACAUCACCAUCACCAUCACCACCAGCGUGGGAGCAAGACAGUGGCGAGAGCUUCCACGUUACUGCCACCUGCUAUAGGUGACUGAGAAGUGGGCCUAGGGCACCUUCAGACUCAACCCCAAUGAUGAGGACAUCCACACAGCCAGCGAGCACCACCUGAAGGUAAGAUCCCUGCAGCCCCACUGCUUUCCUG